UGUGGGUCUGGGCCUACGGGCCCUUUCCGACUGGGGUGCUCCAACCUCGGGCGGAGGGCCCUGCUUUCCCCAUUCCUACAGCUUACCGCCCCCGGCCCCCCGCGCCAGGGUGGGGCGGGGCAGGCUGCUCCGAGACCCCGCCUUCUCCUGCCGCCACCAGCCCCGCCUCUCCCGCUGCUGCCGGCUCCCUCCGGCCCCGCGGUGCGGUGCGCGCGUGCGCUGGCCCUCGCCUCGGAGCAGCCAUGAUGGAAGGCCUGGACGACGGCCCCGACUUCCUCUCGGAGGAGGACCGCGGACUUAAAGCAAUAAAUGUAGAUCUUCAGAGUGAUGCUGCUCUGCAAGUGGACAUUUCUGAUGCUCUUAGUGAAAGAGAUAAAGUAAAAUUCACUGUUCACACAAAGAGUUCAUUGCCAAAUUUUAAACAAAAUGAGUUUUCUGUAGUUCGACAACAUGAGGAAUUUAUCUGGCUUCAUGAUUCCUUCAUUGAAAAUGAAGACUAUGCGGGUUACAUUAUCCCACCAGCACCACCAAGACCUGAUUUUGACGCUUCAAGGGAAAAACUUCAGAAGCUGGGAGAAGGAGAAGGGUCCAUGACAAAGGAAGAGUUCACAAAGAUGAAACAGGAACUGGAAGCUGAAUAUUUGGCAAUAUUCAAGAAGACUGUUGCAAUGCAUGAGGUGUUCCUAUGUCGUGUGGCAGCACAUCCUAUUUUGAGAAAAGAUUUAAAUUUUCAUGUCUUCUUGGAAUAUAAUCAAGAUCUGAGUGUGAGAGGAAAAAAUAAAAAAGAGAAACUUGAAGAUUUCUUUAAAAACAUGGUAAAAUCAGCAGAUGGAGUAAUUGUUUCGGGAGUAAAGGAUGUAGAUGAUUUCUUUGAGCAUGAACGAACAUUCCUUUUAGAAUAUCAUAACCGAGUUAAGGAUGCAUCUGCUAAAUCUGAUAGGAUGACAAGAUCCCACAAAAGUGCUGCAGAUGAUUACAAUAGAAUUGGUUCUUCAUUAUAUGCUUUAGGAACUCAGGAUUCUACAGAUAUAUGCAAGUUUUUUCUCAAAGUUUCAGAACUGUUUGAUAAAACAAGAAAAAUAGAAGCACGAGUGUCUGCUGAUGAGGACCUCAAACUUUCCGACCUUUUAAAAUAUUACUUAAGGGAAUCUCAAGCUGCUAAGGAUCUCCUCUAUCGAAGAUCUAGGUCACUAGUGGAUUAUGAAAAUGCUAAUAAAGCACUGGAUAAAGCAAGAGCAAAAAAUAAAGAUGUUCUGCAGGCUGAAACCUCCCAACAAUUAUGUUGUCAGAAAUUUGAAAAAAUAUCUGAAUCUGCAAAACAAGAACUUAUAGAUUUUAAGACAAGAAGAGUUGCUGCAUUCAGAAAAAAUUUAGUGGAACUGGCAGAGUUAGAACUGAAGCAUGCAAAGGGUAACCUACAGUUGCUGCAGAACUGCUUGGCAGUGUUAAAUGGAGACACAUAAGCCACACUCCACCUUCGGUUAAAAAGGGCUGCCUUCCUUCAGAUUUUAUUUUUGUUUUCUUAAUGAUAUUAAGCAUUUACUGCUCACUGGAAACAAAAGAAACAGCUGACAAAGUGCAUCUACUCUCCUUUUUUCUGAGAAACCACGGAGCGGUGCCGUCCAUGGGCUCUGCCAGUGUGUGCGGUGGGAUGCGGCACCCCUGCACCUGUGUGCUCCCUGCAACAGCUGUCCCUCACCGUGCGCGCCUCCUCUCCCGAAGCCCAAAGUUCAGUCUUGUUUUAAGUAGCCUCUGUAACUGUGUUUAUUUUAUGAAUAGUAUUCCUUAUGGCUGCCAGUCUUACUUACUUUUAAGUACUUUCUGAAGUUUAACCCUUUUAAAAAUACAUUGCUCAAAUGAGAUAAAGAUUGCCAUUACCUUUUUUUGAAUUUUGUUUUUAAAAAACAUUGUAUACCACCUUAGUUCAUUCAUGUAUCCUGGUAAAGCAUCUUAAUCAGACUUAUUUUUAAUUAAUGAACAUUUCUUAGAAGUUUGGGGACAGAUUUUAUGUAAUCUUUAUAAGUAUGAUUUCUGAUGAAAAGCAAAUGCAUUAGUAUGUUUGCCUUAAACUUGUAGACUAAACCAACUAUUAUCAAAUAAACAGUGAUAACAGUGAUAGUUUUUAACUCUGUGGUCAUUGUAUCACUCUAAAAUUUGGAGUAGCUAUAAUAAAUCUACUCCUUUAUUACGCUUUACAGUGUAGGUCUUUGUUUUUCCUUUUUUCUCUUUUUAAACAGCAUAUUGAACCAAGUUCACCAGUCCCUUUACAAAAGAAUGAACUGCUUCUCUGUGUGCGUUUAGCCUUUCAUAGAAGUUGGACCUGGGCAGAGGCAGGUUAGAAGCAGACAUUUCUAAAAUACAGGAGCAGACAGAAUGGUCUGUUACGGUUUCCUGACGUCCAUCUCUAGCUCAGCCAGUGAACCAUGGGAUGUGCCAUUGAGCCCACUUGAUUGUUAACGCUGGUGUAUAACUUGGUGUGUGGAGAGAAAGAGUGUGUAGAGAACAGCAUUUGUCAGUGGGGGAGAAAUUGGAAUAUUUGAAAUAAAGUGGGUACAAAAAAUAUUAUUGGCCUUUUUAAUGUAAAUUAACAUCACAUUAUUUCUAAUUUAAAAUUAGGAUGUGUUGUUUGAUUUUUUCACUAAGUUCUCUUGCAGUUGGAAACCACAGGUAUUUGGGUUGGUCACGCCUCGUUUACAUUUUCCCAAACCCUGGUCUAGGUCUUAAAAGAGUAGUCAACGUGAUUCCAGCCUUGCAUGUUCUGUUGCCUUACUGGUGUGCUGGUUAAUGUUUCUUUCAUUGAUGUUGUUCCCUGAUGCCAUUUGAACUUGAUUUUUCUGUUGCCUGAGAAAUCUCUGUGUCUUGUCCUCCUCCGUGUCUCCUUCACUGGUGAAAAUACACCUAUGUGACCCUCUCUAGUGGGUGAACAUGGGACAGAGAGCCCUAGCUUCUAAAUUUGGGUGCAGUCCCUUCACUGGCUGCCCCUGUGGCCUCAGGCAGGUUCGCUUGACCUCUGUCUGCCUCAGUUUCUCUACUACAAAGGACAUAUUGACCUACCUCACAGGGGUGUUGUGAGGAUUAAUAAACAUUGGUACAGUGCUUUGGAAA